AUGGCCGAUCAACAAGAGGUGCUCCGACAGGGCGCCGAGGCGCGUAUCUACAAAACCGAGUUCGAGGGCAAGCCAGCAAUCGCCAAGCAGCGGUUCUCGAAAAAGUACCGGCACCCGGAGCUCGACCACAAGCUCACCAAGGGCCGGCUCAACCAAGAGGCACGCAGCCUGCAGCGGUGCCGCGACAACGGCAUCAAGGUCCCGCGGGUGUACCACACCGACAAGGCGGCGGCGACGCUGACAAUCGAAUUCAUCGCCGGGCCGACACUGAAGGAGUGGGUGUUUGCAAACACCGACGACCAGCUGCUGAAGGACCAGAUGGAGGCGCUGGGUCGGAUCCUGAACAAGAUGCAUAUGCACAAUAUCAUUCAUGGCGAUCUGACCACGUCCAAUGCGAUUGUGGACCAGCAGGGCGAGCUGGUGCUGAUCGACUUUGGCCUGAGCCAGGUGUCGCCGAGCGCCGAGGACAAGGCCGUGGAUCUGUAUGUGCUGGAGCGCGCCUUCAUUAGCACCCACCCCAACUCGGAGCUGCUGUUCGGGUCGGUGCUCGAGGCAUACGAAAAGAACGCUGACGAGGCAACCAGCGCGGUGAUCAAGAGGCUGGAGGACGUGCGUCUUCGCGGCCGCAAGCGCGACAUGACAGGCUAG